AAACCCGCAGUGACGUCAGCAGGACGUAAAUGCAGUGCCUCGCGGAGGCUUCGCUCUUUUCCCUCUCAUGUGCUGUUAGGGCGGUAGGCCUCUGCUCUGUCUCUGGAAGAUCCAACACCCGACCGGCAAAAUGAUCAUCUACAAGUGCAUCAUCACCCAAGAUGAGAUGUUCUCGGACUCCUUCAAAGUCAAAUUGACCGAGGAUGGGAUGUUUUAUGAAGUUGAAGGCAAGUGUGUGACCAGAACAGACAAGAUCGAUGAUUCUUUACUUGGGGCCAACGCCUCUGCAGAGGAAGCGUCCGAGGGCUGCGAGGACAGCUCUGUCUCUGGUGUCGACAUCAUCCUCAACCACAAACUGCAAGAGACGAGCUUUGACAAGAAGGGCUACCAGACCUACAUUAAAGGCUACUUUAAGGCUGUUAAGGUUUACCUGGAGGAGCACCAUCCAGACAGAGUUUCAGAAUUCAUGGCUGGCGCCCCAGCAGCUCUCAAGAAGAUUCUUGGUCAGAUCAAGGACUUCCAGUUUUACACAGGCGAGAGCAUGAACCCUGACGGCAUGGUGGGACUCCUUAACUACCGGGAGGAUGGUAUCACACCAUACAUGCUUUUCUACAAAGAUGGUCUGGAGGUUGAGAAAUGUUAACAAGCUGGAAACUACAUCUGCUUUCGAAUUGGCUGCUGCUUCCCAAAUGGCCCCAAGAGCAGACUGAAGGAGCAUUAUUUUGCAUCAUGCCUGAACGGAAACAUUCUUCUAGAAUUUCUUAUCACAUUACGGCCCCACAGCACCACUCCCAAGGCUGGGCGAAUCAAACCUGAUUGGUCACUGAAUACAGUUUUUAACUUUUUUUCUUUUUGGCUUUUGCAGUGUUUGUUUUCCCUCCAGGAUUGGCCUUGUUUUUGUGAUUGAAAAUUAAAAGGCAGGACAGCAAGUGAAGCUCUGACUUGAGACAUGGUUUUUCUUCUGUCUGCGAACAGUUUUUAGCAAUGAUCCAUACACACACACGUUGACCUCUUCAGACCUCUUUCUGUUUAUGGUUCAAUGAGAUUCCAUCUGCAAUGAAAAGACUUAUGGUUUGAUUUCAGAAUAAAAUCUAGUACCACCACA